GGAGCGGGGAAAGGAAAGUGCAUCGGGGGAGGCGGUACGAGAAGAGUGUGAUUCGACUACAAGGCCGACUGCUGUGCAGCAAAUGACCAUCAGGAGAUGGGUGGACAACACAGCCCAACAGAACUUGGACAUCGCAUGGGCGAAGGCAAUGUUCCGGGCGGGAAUUGCAUUCAAUUUCCUCAACCUCGACACUACUAUGAAACUCCAUGAGGUGUACUUGGAGGUGGCCACCGCACGACCGAAGGUGAAAUUGCCUUCAGCGAGGCACAUCCGGACGGUGAUGCUCAACUUCAUCUUUCUGCGCAUUCAAAAGCAAGUGCAGCCUCUGACCGCAUGUCGGGAUGUCACGGGCUGCACUUUCAUCACGGACGGGUUGACAGAUCGGAGGGAAAGGCCUGUCCUGAACUUCUUGGCGGCGGGGGAGCAGGCAGCGGUCCUAGUGGUGACGGUGUCAAUGGACGGAAAAAAGAAGACUGGGCCAGCGCUAGCCAGACUUUGGGAAAAGAUUAUGAGGGAGAUCGGGUGCAUCAGCGUAAUUUGCACAGACAAUGCGGAGGCCAACAAGAAGGCCGCGCAAAUUUUGGAGCGGCGCACAGACCCGGCGGUUUCACGGAUACCUUGGGUUCCGUGCGCUGCGCACUGCUGCUCCUUGCUGCUCCGGGACAUCAGGAAGUUGGAUUGGAUAAAGGGUAUGAUCAAGCGGAGCCACACCAUUGUGAAGUUCAUACGAAACCACCAUUGUACGCACAGUCUAAUGAUGUCGUUGAUGUCGUUGGACAACUCAUUGUCGCUGACGCGGCCGACGGAGGUCCGUUUUGGGUCAGUGUACAUGAUGAUGGAGCGGUUGUACGAUCGGAGGGCGAUAUUGAAGCAGAUGGUCGAAGGGAGCAUGGUCGGGAGAUGGAAGGCGAUGCGGUGGUCGACGACCAAACUGCAGUCCAAAGCAGAUCUUGUGUUCUUCACGUUGCGGAUGGAGAGUUGGUGGCCGGAGUUGAAGAAGGUGGUGGAGGUGAUGGAGCCGUUGUAUAACUUGCUUCGGAGGAUGGACAAGGACGGGACUGCACCGUCAAACCUUGUGGAGUACGACAAGCUCAUGGAGAGGAUGCUGGGGGAGGUUGUGCUUACCACGGAGCAGCGAGACACAGUGCUCGAGAGGGUGAGGGACCACAUGAAGAUGAUGCAGCAACCGGUGCACGCCUUGGCCUUUCUUUUGGACCCACGGCGGAGAGAGCCAAAGUGGUUGUUGGAUCGGGACAGCGCACUUGUACAGAAUGCGCUGAAUUAUUUACAGCGGCAGAUCGACGGUCCAUGGAAAUCGGAUGCCCACGUGAACAUUCUAAGUGAUCUGCGAGAGUUCCACAUGAAACCCACCGACCACAACCCCCGGAGGAAGGACCGAAAGAUGUGGGAAGAAGAUGCUAUCGCAGAUUUACAUUGCAAUCAAAGUAAUGGGCAUGUGGAGCACGGCAACUCCGGCGGAGCGGAAUUGGUCUUCGAGGACUUGGUCCACUCGAAGCGGCGGAAUAGGUUGAACCCUUCAACCUUGGAGAAGUUGGUGUAUAUUCAUUGGAAUAUGCAACUUCUGCGAUCAGGGAAGAAUGUGAAGGACAACGGUUACAUCGAUUUGUGGGCGCAGUUCUUCGAGUCUUUGCCGGAGCCGGAGGCGGACGACGGUUCUACUUUGAAUGAGCCCGUGGAGGAGAAGGACAAGACGGAGGGUCGGAUUCAGAAAAGACUCGAACACGAGGACGAGGAGGAGAAGCGAACCGACGACAGCGACCUUGACGACGAGGUGUGGAAGGGGAAGACUCCAUGGUCAGAGGCGUCCAGCGAAGAGGAGGUUGACGAGUCAUCGGACGAUGACUUCGAGUUGGGACUCCCACCUCCAAUCCCGUGCACCACAUAUGUCGGGAGGAGGGCAGCCACACAGCGCCAUCGAGAACGGCCGCCCGCAACACCUUCUCAAUGCCCGGCGAACACCGCAACGCAGUACAACAUCCAAUCGGAUGUUGACCUGCCGCAGACCGACACCGACAUGGAGAUGGUGCUUCACACACGUCCAAUCGAUACGGAUGAGGAGGACGCCGACCGUGCAAAGGCAUGGGCUGAUGCGGAUCGAGAACGGGUGCAAAGGAGAAUGAGGGAGGAGGAGGAGCGGCGCGCAGCUAUACCGACCCGCAGAGAGUUGGAGAAAAUGAAGAAGAGAGUUGGAGAGCGAGAAUCGCAGCCAGUGGGGGGUGCGGGCCGGCUGGAAGAGGACAAAGAAGACGCGUUGGGCCAGCAAGAGGGGGAGGCAGAACAGGAAAUUGGCCAGCCAGCGCAGGAAGAAGAAAACAUGAACACGCAAGAGGAGGAAGAAGAUGAUGGCAUGGACCAGCGAGAGGAGGAGAUGAAGGAUGACGGGGAGGGCGUGGAACAUCAAGAAGAGGACCUGGAGGAGAGUGGGAAGGAGCAGCGGCAGGAAAUGAUGGAGAACGGCGAGGAGGAGGAGGAGAAGAAUGCACCGACGACCGUGUACAAGCGUCGGAAGAGAACUGCGGAGGCAGCUGGGUCACCAGAGAAUUCCCCCGACUUCCCAGCCAACAAUGCGGAAGCCCAACGUGACAACGUGUGGGUCAGCAGGGUUGGGAGGAAGAGGAAGGUGCCCCGUGAAGAUGAACAGGCGAAGCCUAAGCUUCCACGUGGCUGGCCUCGGAAGAACACGACCGCCGGUCCGGCUGCGAAGCCGAAAAAAAAAAAUACAGCGGUGCAAGCCUCGCAAAAAAAUUGUUGACGAUGACCCCGAAUCCGACAACUGCAGCAAGCAGUUGGACGAAG